AUGGAAAAGCUUUCGCAUAUUAUCCAGCAAUCUGUCCAAGAUAAGGCUUGGAAGCCGGUGCAGAUAUGCCAAAGCGGUCCUGUUAUCUCUCAUCUGUUCUUUGCUGAUGAUUUGAUUCUCUUUGGUGAAGCUUCUGUCAAUCAGGCUACUGUUAUGAAGAAAUGUUUAUACGACUUUUGUCGUCUCUUUGGUCAGAAGAGUUUUAUAGACUUUUAA